AUGCUGGACUAUCAACAACAGACAGCUGCUCUUUCACUAGCUCAUUUGUUUUUCUCUCUGUCUCUCUUUCUCUGCAUCUGCAGGUUCUUCCUCAAGUUCUUCCUGAAGUGCAACCAGAACUGCCUGAAGAAUGCAGGGAACCCUCGAGACAUGAGGCGUUUUCAGGUGGUUGUGUCGACUACGGUGAGCGUGGAGGGUCACGUCCUGGCCGUCUCCGACAACAUGUUUGUACAUAACAACUCCAAACACGGGCGCCGAGCUCGAAGGCUGGACCCCUCGGAAGGAACACCGUCCUACCUUGAACACGCAACCCCCAGCAUCAAAGCCAUCAGCCCCAGUGAAGGCUGGACCACAGGGGGCGCUACUGUCAUCAUCAUUGGGGACAACUUCUUUGACGGCCUGCAGGUCAUCUUCGGAACCAUGCUGGUCUGGAGUGAGCUGAUCACCCCCCAUGCCAUUCGUGUGCAAACUCCACCCAGACACAUCCCCGGGGUGGUGGAGGUCACGCUGUCCUACAAAUCCAAACAGUUCUGCAAAGGCACACCUGGACGCUUCAUCUACACAGCGCUGAACGAGCCAACCAUAGACUACGGCUUCCAGAGAUUACAGAAGGUCAUCCCCAGACAUCCUGGAGACCAAGAGAGAUUACCCAAGGAGGUGAUCUUAAAGAGAGCAGCAGACCUGGUGGAGGCUUUGUACGGGAUGCCGCACAAUAACCAGGAGAUGAUUCUGAAACGAGCAGCGGAUAUCGCAGAGGCCCUCUACACAACAGUGCCACGAGGGCACAACCAGCUAGCCAGUCUUGGCAGCGGCUCCGUCCAUGCUGGAAUGAUGUCCGUAAACUCCUUCGCUGGGUCAGAGGUGGCACAAACAGCCAAUCAGGGUUUCAGUAGGAGUACAAGCAGUGUGUCCCCACAUGGUUAUGUCCCCAGCUCCACUCCCCAGCAAAGUAGCUACAGCUCUGUCUCCACUAGCAUGAAUGGCUAUGCUAACUCUGGCAUGGCAACCUUGGGCACCUCGCCCAACUUCCUCAAUGGAUCUGCAGGCAACUCUCCCUAUGCUAUCGUCCCAUCAAGCCCCACCAUGGCCUCGUCGACCAGCCUGCCCUCCAACUGCAGCAGCUCCUCUGGUAUCUUCUCCUUCUCUCCAGCUAACAUGGUGUCCGCUGCUGUCAAGCAGAAGAGCGCCUUUGCCCCUGUUGUGCGACCCCAAAACUCCCCUCCGCCCACGUGCACCAGCGCUAAUAACAGCCUGCAAGAUCAGUCUUUUGUGGACUCUAGCAAGUACUCAUCAGCCAACUCUCUGCAGGGCCUGGCCUUCUCCUGAACGAUUCCCGGGAUGAUCGUUCCACCCAUGUAGAGGAUAUGGGAUAGCUGGAGAUUUGGGAAUGUUGAGAGGAAAAGACACAGUAGCAGAGUCUGGCGAGUCUCUGUUAUGCUCCAGAGCUGAACUUAAGGAAGUCAAGAUAAGACGCAGGACUCUGUUGAACUCAGGCCUUUCCAUUGGGAUUUCAUCUGGAGGGAUAGGGGAGGAGAAAAAGGGACAACACAAACCUUUGUGAUGUUAUUUCCCUCUUGAUUGAAUUAGUGUAGCUUCUCUGACACCACGUUGGAUGGAGUGUAUAGAGAUUGAUAGUUUACCCACAGUGUGACACUGACCUCAUGAAAAGAACAUUUAUUUAUCUUUAUGUUUAUGCCUGAAUGGUUUUGGGUUUGAUUACUGGAGGCCCCACGCCGUCUUGCAAUCCGUAACUAGCACAAACAACAGCGAAGUGUUGGUUUGGCCGUGAAGUUUACGUAACCUCUGUCACAAUAGAAGAUGUUUUCCUUAGCUCAGCCUGCUUGCUAAAACCACAUAACAGCACAUUGGCCAAAUGGAACUAAGGUCAACAAAACAAAAAAGCAAAGAAAUACAGAAAAUAACAAAAAUCAACCCUCAAUUUUUGCUGCUAAUUGUCCCAUAAAUUUAAAAGUGGUAUGACAAACUCACCCUAUGCUAAUUCAACAUCAGAAAACAUGCCUUUCUUUGUUUCUUUUUUGUUUUCAUUUGGUUUGUAUGUUUUUUAAUAAAACUGUGAGGAUUGAGCUGUUUGCAAUAUGCUUUUCUGCUUGUCAUGUGAAGAAAAGGUGAUGAUUUAGCCAAAAUUGACAUUUUGUCGGAGACUUGAAAAGCCAGAGGAUGUGUGCGUCCAGCCAGCACUGUACUGAAGGAGUCUAGCAAAUAUCUAAUUAGUAUAAAAGCGUGAUAUAUGUGAUAUAUUUUUGUAUAUAAAAAAAAGUUGAAUUUUUCAUUUGACAUUUCUUUUCUUUUUGCGAUAGCUAUAGUUUGAAAUGUAAACAUUAAAUGUCUUAAGGCAGCUUCUCAGUACAGAAGAUAGAUUUACUGUGUGUUGUCAAUAUUUCACCUGCUAAACAUGAGCAACAUGGAUUUGGAUACAAAAAGGGGAUUCCUGUAAAAUAUCCUAUAAAUAAUGUAUUUAUCCCUUGUAUUUGUACAUUGCCUCGCCCUCGUUUAGUUGUGUUGUGUAAGUUUAAUACAGUAAGUGAACAUAUUUCACAGUGUUUUGUUUCAUUAUUUACUGUUGUCUCUCACUAUUUAAAUGUGACUUUUUUUAUUAUCUUUUUUUGUUUUGUAUGUUGAUUGUUUUGCAUUGGUAUACCAUGCUUUCAUUUGUUGAUUCAAAAACAUGCCAUUGUCUAUUUUUGUAUUAUUUGUAAGUUAAUAAAAAAAAUUGAGUUUUUUUCCUUAUGAAAAUGUUUAUUGUAUGGC